AUGAAUGAACCCGGUGAUUUACACGCGAAACUUUGUAAGUUCCUCCUGCGGUAUCGAGUUACUCCGUUCGAGACACCUUCUGAACUCUUUUUUGGAAGAAAUGUACGAACCAAGUUAGAUUUUAUGAGACCGACUGAAUCAGCAAAACAGAAAAACAAAUCGAGAUUCGAGAAACAUUUUCAAGUGGGCGAUAGAGUUCAAUCCAGAAAUUAUUCAAGACAUGGAUUAUGGAAGUAUGGAAUAAUUGCAAAAUGUGUUGGUAAUCUACACUAUUUAGAAGAACUAGAUGAUGGUUAUGUAAUUAAGCGGCAUUACAAUCAACUUCGUUCCUGUAAUGUAGAGAAGAAAAUGAAUAUCAAUAUUGAAACAGGUUUUGACACUACCUUGGAUCUAGAAGUUGAUCCUUUUUUACCUGUUUUUCCAUCUAUUUUAAGUUCGGAUUAG